AAUGGCUGUAGUUUAUAGAAAAAAUGUAAAUAAAUUCAAAAGAUAUGGAAUCAUGAAUCCGAUGACGCAGAUCAGAUAAAAGUUCUUAUCAGAAUUCAGUUCUGUUGCAAGAUACCGAUACACUGUAGCUCUUCAGUCUACUGAUUAAUUUAAUAGAUUAGGAGUGAGUUUUCAAAAAUGUAUUUUAUUGUUAUAGUUUUGUUAAUUAAUUUUUUAAAAUCAUCUUCGGGCAAUUUGUGUCAAGUGUGCGUGUGCUCAGGUGCAACAAUUGAUUGCAAUGGAAGAUUGAAUUCCAGCGACACAAAUAUUUUAAAAUUACUGACAAGUGAACUCACCCAGGAAAUAAUUUUAUCAAGUGACAACACGUCACUGGAAAUUUUAAAUCCUAAAGACAAAAUAGAAGAAUUUAAAAUCGUUGAUUUGUCUGAAAAUAAUUUAAAUGAAAGCGCAAUAAAUGCACUGACUAGUCUAAUUAAUUUGAAAGAACUUAAUUUUUCUUUAAAUAAUUGGAAGGCAUUAACUGCAGAUGUGUUUGAUAAUUUUUUAUCACUAUCUAAGCUCGAUUUGAGUCACAAUUUAAUAGCAGAGAUAAGCACCCGUCCGUGUAAUUUGACUCAUCUAGACUUAUCUUACAAUAGACUGAAAAUUCUAACAGCCAGACAACUAAAUUGCCCUCAGUUAAAGUUUAUAAAUUUAUCUUACAAUUUAAUAACGUCAAUAAACGGCCAAGCGUUUGUUAAUUUGAAUUCACUCAGUACAUUACUUCUCAAUAAUAAUUUCAUUCAGUCCCUGGAUAUCUUCUGUCCUUCUUUAAAAAAUCUCUCAGUCGCUCACAAUAAAUUAUCCCACCUUCCGUCAAAUCUAUCUGUCGAUUUUCUUGAUAUAAAACACAAUUUUAUCUCCACAAUCCAAACAAAUCCGACAGCCAAUCACUUAAAAUCAUUAGAUAUCAGCAGAAAUAAUUUAUCGCUCAUAAACGCGACGUUUAUUAAUUUAAAAAUCCUCAAUAUUUCUUACAAUUAUUUUUCUUCCAUCCCACCGCUUUCUGUUAAAAAUUCACCGGCUCUCGAGGAAUUUAUAAUCAGCGGCAAUCCUCUGACUAAAUUAAUUUUUAACCAGCAAAUAAAAUUGAAAAGAUUUAUCGCAAGUGAUUUAAAUAAACUGGAGAGUAUUGAUGAAGAUUCAUUUGAUCUUUUGCGAGCGCACGAUGACAGUUGUAUCAAUUUAACUAUUUCUUCAAACAAAAAUUUAAAAUCUCUGCACGACAAUGCGUUCAAAAAUCUUCAUGUCUGCUACUUGGAUUUAAGUAACAAUGGACUCGAGCGUAUUUCAAGACGAUCAGUAAAAAUAUUAAACGAAUCAAUACCCAAGUACGGGAUUAAUCUGCAAGGAAAUCCAUUGAUUUGUGACUGCGAAUCUCAAUGGAUGCUAGACGAUUUGUUACCAAAAUUAUAUGGAAUUAACUCAGCACUUCUGGCUAAUUUAAGAUGUAAUAAACCGACAGAAGUAUUCAAUGUACGGAUGGUACAUUGGUACAAAUGGAAGACAAAAGUACUCUGUAAAUCAUCUAUUAAAUUCGAGCGACUUGUUGCUAUUGAGGAUAAUACUUAUACAGUAGCGCAGAGUUCAACGAUUAUUAUUAAAUCAAGCAACAGCGCUAAGUUUAUUAUCAUCGGGGCAGCGACAGUACUGUCAUUAAUAACAAUUAUUGGUCUUACACUAUCGGAAAAAUUGGCUAAAAAACAUCGCAGACGUAACAGAAGAUUAUAA